UCCUAAGGCGGGAGGUGGCUGGCACAUCUGAAGAUCUGCAUGACUGAAGGCCACUGUGGCCUCAGCAGAGGGAGGGAGAGGAGGGCUGGAGAGAGGUGGGCCUUGUGGGCUCCUGCGCUGUGAGCAGAGGACGGAGUGAUCCAGAUUUCAUUCUAAUUGCUGCUGUGUAGGGAGCAGGGAGGGGACUAUUCUUGGGCAAGGGUGAAAGCUGGGGACGAGUUCAGAGGCCAUCACCAUCACACAGGCAGGAUGACUCUCACUUGGGCUGGGAUGGUGGCAAUGGAGAUCAAGAGAAGUGGGUGGGUCCUGGAUGUUUUGAAGGGAGAACUGGUCAUGGCAUGUGCUAACAGGUGAGAAAGACAGAGCCCCAGGACCAUUCCAACGUUUUCGGCUGAGCAGUUGGAAGGGUGGAGAAGACGGUUGGAAGAGCAAGUCUGGAGAGGGGCAGAGGAGGUGUCAGGAAUUCAGCUUUGGGAUUCAGCUCUGAAAUGCACAUUAGAUACCCAGAUGGAGCUGUCGGGCGGGCAGUUGGAUAUGCUCCUCCGGGUUUCUGGUGGCGGCUAAGCAUGUCACCGUCUAAAUGACAUUUAAUGCCCAUUACUGGAUAAGGGCACAACACAGCAAGUACUGACAGAACAGAGAAGAGGUCCCAGGGCUUAGUCCUAGGGUCUUCUGAUGCAAAGAGGAGAAACCAUCCAUUUUGUUCACAGCUGCGCUCCCCAGAGCCUAAAAUGGUGUCUGGCACAAAGUAAUUGGUAGAUCAUUAUUUUUUGAAUGAAUAAACGAAUAAGUAGUGCUAAGCGCUAAGAAGGAAAUAGAACAGGGUGAUGAGUUAGAGGGCGUGGGGGAGAGCGUUCUUCUCUAGAUAGGGUAGCAGUCAGGGAAGGCCUCUUUGAGAAGGUGACAUUUGAGCCAAGCCCAGAAGGACGAGGAGAAGUUCUGUAAAAAGUUGCAGAGGAAACUGCAAGUGCAAAGGCCCUGAGGCAGAAACAAAUCUGGCCUUUUGGAGGCUCCAUGUGCUCAGGGCAUGGGAGGCUGGAUCGCCCGAGAACCUUGCAAGCCCAGGACCUGGACUUGGGAUCACAUCCUGGGUGUCCCGGAGGUUUUUUUGUUUGUUUGUUUGUUUUUUAGAUGCAGUUUCACUCUUGUUGCCCAGGCUGGGGUGCAAUGGUGCAAUCUCGGCUCACUGCAACCUCCACCUCCCCAAUUCAAGCGAUUCUCCUGCCUCAGCCUCCUGAGUAGCUGGGAUUACAGGUGCCUGCCACCAUGCCCAGCUAGUUUUUGUUGUUGUUGUUGUUUGUUUGUUUGUUUUAUUUUUAGUAGAGACAGGGUUUUACCAUGUUGGCCAGGCUACUCUCGAACUCCUGACAUCAGGUGAUCCACCCACCUCAGCCUCCCAAAGUGCUGGGAUUACAGGCAUGAGCCACCGCAGCUGGCAUGGGUUUUAAACAAAGAAGUUACGUGACCAGAUUAAUAUUUUAAAUGAUCCCCUCGAGGAACCUGGAGAACUUUCUGUAGGAAAGCAGGAGUGGAAGCAAAUGGAGUGUCGGGAAAUACUCAUGCGGCAGCCAAGGUCAGAGCCAGCUUCCCUGGAGUCAGGGGAGUUGGGAGGGAGAGGAAUGGGCAGAUUCAAGAUAUUUUAGGAACAGGAUGGUAGGGCUGGGAUUCAAGAGCCCCUGCUGGUUCAUUCCCGACAUGAAGAUGUCUCCCAUAGACAGACUUGGAAGGGCCUCAGGGAGGGGCCAGGACGUCUGUAGGGUUGGGGGGUUGCUCUUAAGGUCUCUCCUUAUUCACCUCAAUCCAAGACUCCAGGGGCUUCCCCAGGCUGGAAGCUGUGGGAGGUGGUGGGAAGGGGUGCUGUGGCUGGGAGGGUCAUUCCAUGCUGGGCUCUGGGCCACAGCUGUAAGGUAGCUAAGACCAUGCCUGCUACUGGGGGAGAGCCCUUCCUUCCUUUUUCUUCAUCAGAUCUAGAUUCCUGGCCAGCACAGUGGCUCACACUCAUAAUCCCAACACUCUGGGAAGCAAAGGCAGGAGAAUCACUUGAACCCUCCCAGGCUGAUUUGAGGCCAUUCUGGGCCACAUAUUGAGACCCCAUCUCUAUUUUUUUUUUAAUUGAAAAUUAGCCAGACAUAGUGGUGUGCACCUGUAGUCCCAGUUCCUCGGGAGGCUGAGGAGGGAGAAUGAGCCAAGGAGAGUUUGAGGCUGCAGUGAGCUAUGAUCAUGCCACUACACUCCAGCUUGGGCAACAGAGCGAGACCCUGUCUCAAAACAACAACAAAAAUAUCUAGAUUCGUGAUCUCUUCCCAGCCUGGUCCUCCUCCAGUGCUCCCUCUGUCAAGUUUCUUCAAUGCUCCUCCCACUGAGAGGUGGCAGUAUGUCCCCUCCCUUGAAUCUGGGCCUGUGACUCUAGUAGAAUAGAGUGGGUCUGAUGCGGUGCCAGGUUUCAGGCCCAGGCCUUAAGAAACUGGCAGCUUCUGCUUCCUGUCUCUUGGGAUGCUUGCUCUGGGAACCCAGCCACCACGCCGGGAGGAAGCCAAGCAGCCACAUGGAGAGGCCACGCAGAGCCAUCCUGACCAGCACCCCCAGCUGAGGCUCCAGCUGACAGCUGGCAUCAGCUGCCCCACGUAUGGGGAAACUGACUCGAUGAAUCUCAGGCUUGGCUGCGGUCAGGGUAGAAUCAGGACUGGAACCCAGGCUGUGUGGCUACCUCACCAUCCAUGUCAGGUGAGUGAAGCUGAGGGUGGAAUCCGAGAGUGGGAGGAGGAGGAGGAGGAGGAGGCAGCAGGGAGGACGCCCACAGGAGAAAAGUCUCCAAACUCUCCCAGGACUUUGCUGUCUCCGAGAGGGAAGGCCCGGACGGGGGGACCCGUGGAGGUCAAGCUGGAGCUGCACCCCCUGCAGAACAGGUGGGCUCUGUGGUUCUUCAAGAAUGAUCGCAGCCGGGCCUGGCAGGAUAACCUGCACCUGGUCACCAAGGUGGACACUGUGGAGGACUUCUGGGCGCUAUACAGUCACAUCCAGCUGGCCAGCAAGCUCUCCUCUGGCUGUGACUAUGCCCUGUUCAAGGAUGGCAUCGAGCCCAUGUGGGAGGACAGCAGGAAUAAGCGGGGUGGCCGCUGGCUGGUCAGCCUGGCCAAGCAGCAGCGCCACAUUGAGCUGGACCGGCUGUGGCUGGAGACGCUGCUGUGUCUGAUCGGGGAGAGCUUUGAGGAACACAGCAGGGAGGUAUGUGGGGCCGUCGUCAACAUCCGCACCAAGGGAGACAAGAUCGCUGUGUGGACGAGGGAGGCGGAAAACCAGAUGGGUGUGCUGCACAUUGGGCGUGUAUACAAAGAGCGCCUGGGCCUCUCCCCAAAGACCAUCAUUGGGUACCAGGCCCAUGCAGACACAGCCACCAAGAGCAACUCCCUAGCCAAGAACAAGUUUGUGGUGUGAGGGGGGGCCUUGGCACCCCUCCUAUGUAAUGGGACAGCCACCACCUGAGCCUCAUUACUUUGGGGGCUGGGGUGGGACUGGGGAUCAGACAGCCUAAUGCUUACUUGUCCUCAAGUGAACAGGAAUGCAAACACUCUUUAACAUGAGUUGGGGCCUGGGCCUUAGGGGCCAGAUGGGGGUAGUGGUGGCAGUUUGAGGACCUAGCUUGUCCUGGGGCCACAGGACAGCAGCAGGGUGGAGGAAACUCCUGGGGGUGAGGUGAGUCAUGUGGGGGAAGGAGGGCUCUAUGGUAGGCGGAGAAGCCCAUAGUCCAGCGUUUACUUUGUUUCCACCCAGGAAGGGGGCGAGGUGGCCUGAGAGACGGACUCUUCCAUGGGUGGGGGGCUCAAGGGCACAGACACUCUGGAGGGUGAACGCCAUCACUUGUACAGAGGGAUACGUGGGUUGCUGAGGACUGAGAGAGCCUCGCAAGGCCGCUCCCCUUCUCCCCAUCUGUGACCAGGGCUGUCUGGGCCUUGCCUGCCUCAGGGCCAGACUGAAGUGGAGGUGGGGGGGAUGCUGGGCUAGGCCUCACCAAGGUUCUGGUAGAAGUGGAUAAACUUGAUAAUAAAAGCUUAAGCAUC